AUUAACGAGAAAAGGCUGCAGAAUUUGGGUAUUCUACUAUGAAAUGAAAAUGGGAGUUUUGUCAAACAAGAUUUCCAGAGAGGAAUUGAAGCCUGGAGAUCACAUUUACUCAUGGAGAUACGCCUACAUUUAUGCGCAUCAUGGGAUUUAUAUCGGCGAGGGGAAGGUGAUUCAUUUCACUCAAUCCCAAGGUGGUCGAGAAAUCAGUACCGGAACCGUCUUGGAUCGUAUAAUUUUUAGUUCAUCGACUCGCAAUUGCCCUAAUUGUGGCGGCGAUCAAUCGAUUCGCUGCGGCGUUAUUUCUUCCUGUUUAGAUUGCUUCUUAGCCGACGGCGAUUUAUACCUAUUCCAGUACGCCGUUUCACCGGCUUUCUUUGUGGCUAAACCCAGGGGAGGAACCUGCACCAUUGCUGUUUCCGAUCCAUCAUCCGAAGUUCUUCACCGUGCUUUCUUCCUCCUCCACAACGGUUUCGGCGUUUACCAUCUCUUCAAAAACAACUGUGAAGACUUCGCCAUCUAUUGUAAAACGGGGCUACUGGUGAUCACGAGGAUCAGCGUUGGUAGGAGUGGGCAAGCUACAUCGUUUUUAGCAGCUACUAGCGCCAUAGUUUCUUCACCGUUAAGGUACUUGACCACUAGCUUUACUGGCCUGGCUGCUGUUGGUUACGGGAUGUAUUGUUUUAGCCGGUUGGUUUCAGACAUCGGGGUCCGUCGCGAUGUCGAAAAGGUUCCUGUUGAAAUGCUUGUUUCGGCUUCUGCUGGCUUCCAGGAAACUUGAUGAUCACUCAACAGAAUUCGAUCUCAUUUUUCCUUUUUCGAUAUCUGAACUCAUAGUUGCAGAGUAUUUGAUUCAAGUAUGUGUGUUUUAUUUGUAUGCUCAAACGAAAUAUUUAUUUAUGUUA